AUGGCGGAGGCCGGCGGGCUGCGGGGCGCGCUCCUGGAGCUCUGGGGGCACCUGCGGCCGCUGCCGCGCUGGGAGGCGGCGGACGACGAUGAGGAAAGCGACGAGGACUUCGAGGAGCUGUUGGCGGAGGAUGCGCUCCUGGAGGCCGCCGGCACGGAGCUGCCGGCCGCGCUGCCCCCGCGCCGCGCUGUUAUUAUACAGGAAUGUGGCUCCAAAAAGGAGUAUGAAGUGGUUGGACGUUUUCCAUUAGUUGGCCCUUGGUGGAAAGUUAAUGUUAAAGCUAAAAAAAUGGGGUCGAAGUACUUUGUGCAAGGAUAUCCAUCGUAUUUUCUGCGGACUGAUGUAGAAGAAAACAACCGACAAGUAUUUUCACUCUUUCUUGAGGAGUGUUGUGUUCCUGCAGAUUGGAAAGAAAAAUUUUUUGCUUGGCUCCCUAUGGAGUCUGUGCUGAGUUUUAGCAACCUCGAAGAAAAACUGAAACAGUUCCAAGUUUCACAGCUACAGCCAAGAGGGAUCAAAAGAGAUACCAAGGAUUACAACAUCUUCCAUUAUGUUUCAAAAUCACUUGCAGGAAAGGCUGUAUUGGGAGCUCUGGCCUUUCCAAGGAUUCUGGAGUUCUUGCCAGUUCUUCUGCCACGCCACUUCUGCGGUCUGUUAGAUAAGAUAUGUUGGGGAGGAGAGGCUGAUGUGGAUGAUGAGGAGGUGGCUGAUGAGAUGGGAACAAAACUGGAUGAGAUACUAAAGGAUGAGCCAUGGAAACUUGGAUUCAGCAGGAUUAUGUAUAAGGAGUUGAACAUUCCUUACUGUGAGGCAACGUGGGCUGCCUUCUGUCAGUGUGAACAUCUCCUCUGGAAGAUUCCUGUCUUGCAGAAGAAUGCAUUAAUUCUGUAUGAUCAGCUCAAGACACGCUGCAGACAAAUGGGACACACAUAUGAAGAUCAAGAUGAAUUAGCUCGUUUGCUAUCCAAACACAUGUCCAUCGAGCAUGUUUGGCAAUCUCUUGAGUUUUUGAAAGAUCAGAAUGUAGUGAUACGAGAGAAAAAGCUGGUGUUUCUGCCUCAUCUUUACAAAUCUGAAAGAGACAUUGCAAUGUAUGUAGGUGACCUUCUGGCAAAACACACAUGGAAACUAGAUGUGGAUGUCAGAAAGAUACUUAGCAUUUCUGAGGCACCAGGAGAAACUGUAGAUAACAAAAUGAAUAUUACCCAGGCACAUGAAAUAGAGGAAAAUAAUCCAGACAGUCAUAAUGGUGAAAAUCACUUUCCCGAAAAGGAGGUGGGCUCUAUGUCUGGUAUCCAAAGUAAAGCAGAGGUAGACAAAGAUCAGGUGAUUGCUGUAGAAAAAAUUUGUUCUAAUCCUGUCACAAUCAUAAGUGGAAAAGGAGGCUGUGGGAAGAGUACAAUAGUUAGCUGCCUUUUUCGUCACUUAAAGCAAAUGGAAAAAGAAGUGGAAGCUGCUUCCAAGGUCUUUGAAGGAGACUUGGAUGCAUCUGAGGAAUGGAAUACAUUUGAUCACUGCUGGGAACCAGAGAAUAUGUAUGCAAAAAAAUAUUUGAAUGUACUAUUCACUGCACCUACAGGGAGGGCAACAAGUCUUUUGAGAGAAAAAACGCAGCUUCCUGCAUAUACACUACAUCAGAUUAUCUGUAGCUUUAAGUCGUGGAGGCGGAGUGACCAACAACAGCCGUGGAAAUUUUCUGCAGUUACAGUUCUCAUUGUGGAUGAAGGAAGUUUGGUGUCUGUACGCAUUCUUAGUUUAGUUUUGAAACUCUUGUGUGAGCAUGCUCAGCUUGCUAAGCUUAUUAUUCUAGGUGACACUAGACAGCUGCCAAGCAUAGACCCAGGAAACAUGUUAGCUGAUAUCUUUGAGGGUCUAAAAUCAAGAGGCUUUUCUGUGGAACUGCGAACUAACCACAGAGCUGAAUCACAACUAAUUGUAGACAAUGCGUCAAGAAUCUCUCACCGGCAGCUUCCUGAAUUUGAUGAGGUGCUGAAAGUUUCUGCUUGGAAUGAGGAAAUGACAAUGCCAAUCCCAGAGAAGAAAUUUAUUUUUAUUGCUUUGCCUGCUGGCGGGAAUUGUGAGAAUUUACAAACUGCAAUAAAGAUUUUACUUAAAAAAGGGCCAGGAUUGGAGGAUGCCAAACAAUCACAAUUCAUUGCUUUCAGAAGGCAAGAUUGUGAUCUAAUAAAUGAACUUUGUUGCCAACACUACUCAGGUCAUUUAACCAGAGACCCUAAGAACAGAUUUCUGUUUCAAACUGGGGACAAGAUUGCCAGCACACGCAAUGUUUAUCUCAAGGAUCUCUUGGCCACCUGUGGUGUCAGAGAGGGUUCUAAUGGCCAGGAAUGCAGAAGUGGAGAAACCCCACUCACUGCAGAGUCUAAUGAGGAGGGCAAACGACUCUGCAAUGGAGAUAUAUUUUUCAUAACAGAGGAUGUAGAAAUUGAUAAGCAGCGCUUGCUGACCAUCAGCAGCACGGACGGCUCCAUGUUCACUGUGAACUACACGGCACUGAGGAAGCUGUGUCACAUCAGGCAUGCCUGGGCCAGAACUAUUCACACAUUCCAGGGCUCGGAGGAGAGGACCGUGGUGUACGUGGUUGGCAACGCGGGCCGGCAGCACUGGCAGCACGUGUACACGGCUGUGACCAGGGGGCGCUGCCGCGUCUACAUCGUGGCUGAGGAGCUGCACCUGCGGAGAGCCGUGAAGAGCAAGGAGAUCGCCAGAAAAACGCGUUUGCAGAGGUUUCUGAGAGAGGCAAUUGCAGAAACAAACCACUGUCCCGAACAAAUGCCCUCUCCCCCAAAGAGGUGCUGGCAAAAUCAAGAGCUCAAGGCUCAGUCUGUUUCUGCUACUCAAGGUGCUCCUGACCCACCUGAACUUCAGAGUGACCUCAUGAUACAGGAAGGGUCAUCAGUUCUCAGUAAAGAGAAGAUGGGCAGUCUGCAGCAAAGUCCAUGUAAAAGACAAAUCCCUGCACCUGAGGAUGCUACAGAAAUACCCCUGACAACAGUAGAAGAAUCCCCACUUGGAUCUUCCAGACUUAAGAAUCUUUCAUUGGGACAGCAAAUUCCCAGGAAACUCUUCAAAAGCUAACAGACAAUUAUUAAUUGGUCUUGGUAUGAACCUUUAUUGAACCUGUUGAAGAUUUUUGGGAUGGAGAUCCUGAAUGUUCAGGUGCCUUUUAAAGGAUUUCUUGGUUUUGUAUGUUCUGUGAAGAACAGCUUAUUUUAUACUGAGCCUCUUAAAUUUUCAGAGAUCCAUUUUUAAUAGAUUCACUGGUGUACUGGUCAUCAGAAAUCAUGUAAUUCUUUUAUUUUGCUGAAGACUGAACUUACAGGUCUUUGAGGUUCCAGAUGUUCCCUUAAAAAAUACACAAGGAUGUAUUUUGGUUUAAAGACUCCUAGUUGUCCAUACCAAGAUUUAUCCAUCUCCAAAUGCUAUGAUAUUGAUGAGAUGCUCUUACUGAUGUGCCAAUUCUAUUGAUUCCUUGAGGAAAAAAAAACAGUUUACAAAGGGGUCUAGGUUUUUCUGAUGGCAGAUUUGUGGCCAUGAAACUUUGAUGGAUCAUGGGUUUUAAUCUUGUUAUAGACAUAACAAGAAAGUUGCA